UUACAGUACCCCUUGCCCGCCGAUGGAUGCCACCAGCACGGAUGCCCGUGUGCGUGUCUUCGCACGACUGCGGCCAGCCAAGCCAGAGGAGGAAGUGGGACAUUUCUUGCAAGUCGAGAAGCGUGCUGUGGUGGUGCAGUCGGAUUGCCAUUGCCUGAGGGAAGAAGGACUGGUGGAUGCAAGGAAGUUCACCUAUGAUGGUGUCUUUCCACCCAGCAGUGGGCAGCAAGAUGUCUUUGACAAGAUUGGAGCUCCGAUCUUGGAGGAAUGCUUGCGUGGAUACAAUGGCACCAUCUUAGCUUAUGGGCAGACUGGAAGUGGCAAGACGUACACUUUGAUUGAAGAAUCGGGAUUGCUUCCAAGACUUGUGCACAGCCUUUUCGAAACCAUCUCAAAUGAUGCCAGGUCUGUGUAUGAGGUGGAUGUGAGUGCCAUCCAGAUCUAUCAUGACCAGGUGGACGACCUGCUACCAGCAGAAGGGCAGAGGCCAUCACGUGACGGGGUGCGAAAGUUGAGGUGUAGCACCAGUUGCGAACUCCUGGAUGCCUUCAGCAAAGCUCGCGCGGGUGCUCAGUGGCUGAAACCUUUGUGGACAGUCUGUUCAGUAUUGGAAGAGGAUGCCUGGGAAGGCCACCCAGCUUUGCCGCCGCGCCCUUGCUGCGAUGCUCCGCCCUGCAAGUCCUCGGCCCAUGCGCUGCCCCACCCAGACACGCCAGUGGCGACGGAGGAAGAGGUGGAAGAGUAUCUCAGCAGGAGCAAAAUUUUACUCUUCAUGAAAGGAUCCCCAGAGUCGCCCAGAUGUCGAUUUUCUCGGCUCGCCGUGGAGAUUCUGAGACAACAUCAGGUGGAGUUUGAUUACAUUGAUGUGUUGGAACAUCCUUCUUUGAGAUUAGCGCUGCAGGCAAGGUGGCCCACUUUUCCUCAGCUAUACUCAGAAGGUGUCUUGCUUGGAGGCUCCGAUCAGCUGAAGGAGCUCGCCAGCCAAGGUGAGCUGCUGAACGCCCUCAGCAGCUCCACGGGCCGCGAGAAGGCAUCGCUGGCGCUGGUGCUGGCGCCGAAGUGUCGGAGUCUGAUCUACGCAGAGACGCGCAUGAACAAAGCCUCCAGCCGAAGCCAUGCGAUCUUCCAGCUCAGGAUUUUACGUCGCAGCUCUUCAGAGCCGGCCACGGUGGGCUGCUUGCGCGUUGUGGAUCUCGCGGGCUCGGAGAGGGUGAAGAAGAGCCAGGUUGAAGGUGUGCGUUUCAAAGAGACCACCUCCAUCAACAAGAGCCUGUUGGCACUUGGAAAUGUCGUGAAUGCCCUCGCAUUCAAGAAACCUCACGUGCCGUUUCGGGACAGCAAACUCACCACGAUCCUCAGUGAUGCCUUUGGUGGAAAUUGCAAGACGGCGCUGCAACUGAGCUGCAGUGGGGCUCCUCAACAGAAUGGAAUGCCACUGAGGCUGGUGUGCAUCAGUCCCUCGAUUUCAAGCGCAUCGGAGACAAUCAGCAGCUUGGAAUUUGCCACCCGGGCCAUGGACGUGGAAGUUCAUGUCCCUCGGCUGCGAAUUCGAUUCCUUGCACUCUUCGGCCUUAUUUUGGCUGCCUGUGUCCUGACUUGGUUCGUACUGAUCUAUGGCAAUUUGCCAGUGGUGCUCGCAGAAGAUGCCGAUGUUUGCCCAGACGGAUCGGUGCUGGGUGGAAUCGACACCUGCGUGAAUUACACCGAUGACUAUGAUGGAGGGCGCUGCCAUGGUGGGACCAUGCGCUAUCCUUGCGCUUGCGUGGAGGGUUACACGCCUUACGCGACAAGGUUUUACAUCUGGAGUGAAUUCUACUACUUCCGAUGCUGCUCCGGUGGCGAUGGUACCAGCUCUCAAUGCGGUACACGGGCCUAUAUCGAUGUUGCUGCUGGGAUGCUGAUGGGACUUGGCUCGCUGGGAUUUAUAGCUUGCAACAUCUUGAUUUACUUCGCUCCGCGGGCGCGAGUGGUACCUCUAGGGCCUGAAGACAAAGAGAUCGAAGCACCGACGAAUCAACUGGACGGAGAGUGGCUCCACAAGAACAUCGAGAUGAAGAAGUGGGCGGUCUCUAAAAGCGACCUGCUGCAAUUUCGGCGCCUCGUGAUGCAUGCUAUUCGCGAUGGCCGCAUCAAACCCACAGAACGAGAUCAGUUUGAUCCAACAGAUUUUACCCAGGGGCCCUCCAUGUACACCGUCACUGAGCAUCCAGAGGGCAUUGAGUGCGACCUUUUCAUCACCCACGGCUGGGCAGAAGGUGCAUAUGUUUGCUUCCUCUCCAACCCGCAGAACCUGGACAUUGGGGGGCUCAUUGCAUCACCACAGGAGUCGCCCUUCGCCAAAUCCUUGGUGCCACGGAUGAAGCGACGCCGUGUGUUUCGGGCAGGUGGCUGUGGGAAGAGUAGAGUGAGGGUCUCAAGGUUUCUGGGCCUUGCCGGACCCAAGGAUUUUCGCGAGCUCGCAGGCUCUUUGGAUCCCCUCAACUACAUAAGGUUGGUUUUGCUGACCAUUGUAGCCCUAGACCUUUGCCAAGCUAGAUUCCAAAGUUUGUCCAAAGGUCGUACAAAGGUCUGGACAGCCUUUCUGGCACUGAUCAAGGCUUCUGCGAAGCAGAUGCUGGUGAUUCCCAACCUCAAGGGCAGCAUCUACACGCGCAUUUGGUGCGUGUAUGAGGCCUAUUUAGCUUAUACGUGGAAGAAACCUAUCUACACGGCAAGGGCCCCCGUGCCACAUUUCUGGCUGAAGAUCGUCCGGGUGAUUCUGUUCACGGCCGCUGUCACGGGGGUAGCCGUUUUGGUGAUUAGUCAGAUCCCAGCAGACUCAAAUGAUCCCGUGCAGAUGACGCAGAAUAUUUUGUUCUAUUGUGCAAUGGUGGUCUUGUUGUCUCUCCGUUGCUUCUUCAAGACGAAGCACCAUGAAUGGCCGAUUGUACCUUUUUGCAUCUAUUUUGUGGCCACACUCGGGGUCUUCUCGAGAGCGAUGCUCUCCUACAGAAAAUCCUUCAAACGGUCGAACAGCACGUCCUUCUUCGUGUUUACGGCCUUGUUUGCUGCUGGCAUGGAAGCAGAUCGGCUCCUGGCAGUGGAGGGGGCAAAACAACGCAAGCAACUCAAGACUGGCUUUGCUGGCAUCAACGAAGCACAAAGUGCAAAUCCUGCUGAUAAAGAGCGCAUCCUUGCAGAAAUUGCGGACGAUGGUGUUGAGCACGAGGUCAAUAGAGCAGUGGAUGUUCUGUUGGAAAUGAACCUUUCAGUGCCCGAGACCCGAGAGGUCAUGGAGAAUGCGGGCUCCUUGGGAGAUGUCUCCAAAUGGAGCCGCACGAUGCUAGCAAUAUCGCUAUUUUGGUGGAUCACCAAUCCAAACCAAGUGUGGCUUGGUCGUGUGAUGGAAGUCUACGAACCGCAGGAGGCUCCGCAGACCUUGCGCUAUGUGGUGUUUGCGCUGGUGCUGGCUGAAUCCGUUCUCUUUUUGGGCCUGUUCUUCCGUAUGCCUCCAGAACGGAAGGCAUUCGCGGAGAAGACACUGUGGAUCAUUCUGCUCUUGAGCAUUCUGAGCUUCACAGGGAUUUGGAAAGGUUUGAAUUAUGAACUGGCAUACACCUUCGGUGCAAAUCCUUUGGUGCUGGCUCUCUCGAUUGCUGGGCCUGCGCGCGUCUCAAGAGCUCCAUUGGGUCCGCGGUUGGUGCGACUCUUUUUCGGGCGAAACCCCUUUGCGACCAGAGAGGUGCCAAGACAGGUCCAGGAUCCGGAGGAGAAACCGAAGAAACCUGAGAGCAUCCCAGUAGACCCGACAGAGGCCUAUGAUGGCAAGCCCAAGGAUCCCAAAGAUCCCAAGGUCCAAUCAGAAAAAUCUCUUGUGGUGGAUGGUGCUUUGGAGCCUUUUCUGAAUCAUAGGCAGAUGUCGGCAGCUCCACAGUCACUGUAG